CCGCCAUUGCCUCGUGCCCGCGCCGGUCGGUUGGUGGCGCCUUUGUCCUACGGCGGGCAGGUGGGCUGAGGCGGAGGCGGCAGCGGCGGGCCUAAGGCGAAGAAGCGGCCGGGAGCCCGCCGCGCUGGUAGCGAUAUUAAUAAGGCAGCGGAAAGAAGAAAUAUGAAUACGGCUCCAUCAAGACCCAGCCCCACACGAAGGGAUCCAUAUGGCUUUGGAGACAGCCGAGAUACAAGACGCGAUCGAUCCCCCAUUCGAGGAAGUCCAAGAAGAGAGCCCAGGGAUGGCAGAAAUGGCCGGGAUGCUCGAGAUAGCAGAGACAUGCGAGACCCCCGAGAUUUGCGGGACCACAGAGAGAGCAGAGACAUUCGGGAUCACAGAGACAGCAGAAGUAUGCGUGAUGCUCGGGACAUGAGGGAUCCUAGAGACUUUCGUGACCUAAGAGACUCGAGGGAUUUUCGAGAUCACCGGGACCCCAUGUACGACAGAUACAGAGAUAUGAGAGACUCACGAGAUCCCAUGUACAGGAGAGAAGGCUCUUACGACCGAUACCUGCGAAUGGAUGACUAUUGCAGGAGGAAGGAUGACUCUUACUUUGACCGUUACAGAGAUAGCUUUGAUGGACGAGGCCCUCCAGGCCCAGAAAGUCAGUCUCGUGCAAAAGAGCGUUUGAAACGUGAGGAACGGCGUAGAGAAGAGCUUUAUCGUCAGUAUUUUGAGGAAAUCCAGAGACGCUUUGAUGCUGAGAGGCCUGUUGAUUGUUCUGUGAUUGUGGUCAACAAGCAGACUAAAGAUUAUGCUGAAUCUGUGGGGCGGAAGGUUCGAGACCUAGGCAUGGUAGUGGACUUGAUCUUCCUCAACACAGAGGUGUCACUGUCACAAGCCUUGGAGGAUGUUAGCAGGGGAGGGUCUCCCUUUGCUAUUGUCAUCACCCAGCAACACCAGAUUCACCGCUCCUGUACGGUCAACAUCAUGUUUGGAACCCCACAAGAGCAUCGCAACAUGCCCCAGGCAGAUGCCAUGGUGCUGGUGGCCAGAAAUUAUGAGCGCUACAAGAAUGAGUGCCGGGAGAAGGAACGCGAGGAGAUUGCCAGACAGGCAGCCAAGAUGGCCGAUGAAGCCCUCCUCCAGGAACGAGAGCGAGGAGGCCCUGAGGAGGGAAUGCGCGGGGGGCACCCUCCAGCCAUCCAGAGCCUCAUCAACCUGCUGGCCGACAACAGGUACCUCACUGCCGAGGAGACUGACAAGAUCAUCAACUACCUUCGCGAGCGGAAGGAGCGGCUGAUGAGGAGCAGCACCGACUCUCUGCCUGGCCAGAUUUCCCGUCAACCACUCGGGGCGACCUCGGGUGCCUCACUGAAGACACAGCCAAGCUCCCAACCGCUCCAGAGCGGCCAAGUGCUCCCCUCUGCUACACCCACUCCAGCGGCACCCCCCACCUCCCAGCAAGAGCUUCAGGCCAAAAUCCUCAGCCUCUUCAAUAGUGGCACGGUUGCGGCCAAUAGCAGCUCUGCAUCCCCCUCAGUUGCUGCCGGAAACACCCAGAACCAGAAUUUUUCCAUAGCAGCGAACAGCCAGCCUCAGCAGAGAUCACAGGCCUCUGGCAAUCAGCCUCCAAACAUUUUGGGACAGGCAGGAUCUGCUCGGAACAUGGGCCCCAGGCCUGGGGCUCCUUCCCAAGGGCUCUUUGGCCAGCCUUCCACUCGCCUGGUGCCCGCCAGCAACUUGGCUAGCCAGAGGCCCGUGUCUUCCACAGGUAUCAACUUUGACAAUCCAAGUGUACAGAAGGCUCUGGACACUCUGAUCCAGAGUGGCCCUGCUCUCUCCCACCUGGUUAGCCAGACCACAGCACAGGUGGGGCGGCCCCAGGCCCCCAUGGGAUCGUACCAGAGGCAUUACUGAGGCUAAAUCUCAACUACUCCUGGUCCCCUCUUCCUCUGGCCUCCCACCUAUUGCGUUCUAAAUAGAGUUAUUUGGAAGAUGUUCUCUGCACCUAUCCAGGUCCACAUCGAAUGUCAUAAGUUUCUACCAUCUGCUCUCUCCUGCCUAAGGCUAUGUUGCUUACCCCUUCCAGAGUCCGAGUUUAUGCUGCACUGGAGGUGUAUUUUGUUGGUGGUGGGGUGGGGGUUUGGGGGGUUUUGUUUUUGUUUUUUUGUGGUUUCUUUUGGUAGAAAGUAAAUAUCUCUGGGGUCAUGGGCAGUAUAGGUGUCUGGGCUCCGUUUGUAUUUCAGUUGUCUCUCUGUCAGCUGGACGUGGGGCGAGGGAGGAAGAAGCAGCCGAGCCCCAGCUGGGUGAGCUUGGGGUAGCAUUUUCAUGUUGAGAGCCACUGCCUUUGUUCAUUCUGAACCUACCACGGGUGUCCAGCCUCGCACAGGCCCACCAGAGCUCGAGCUCCUGCCUGCAGCUCCUGUGUAGGGUUCCAGAGCAGCAGGUUGGGCUUGGUGGGCACGGUGUCCUCUUACCCCAUCCCACAUAACAUGGGGUCUGCUUGAGGAUUCAGAAGCCGGCUGGCUACUCAGCUACUGGAGUUGUUGAGGAGUGGCCAAGCCGGCCACUUUUGUGCCUGACCCAGGGUUGUUGGUUUUUGGUUUUCUCUUUUUUUCUUUUUGGCUUUCAUUUCAAUGAAAGAUCUCCCGUGGACUGCACAGCUCCAGUGACCAGCAGUUUAACACAAACUGUGAAUCUGGGCCCCAGCCACUCUUACCCCCUAAUAUUUCUGUUAGCCUCUCCCUCACCAGUGGUAGUUUCAUGGAAUCGGCUCUGAGAAGGCAACUCUAGACUGUGGCAGUGAACACCCAUUUUUUUCAGUGAUUGCUUUGAGCUUUUGGCUCAAAAAUCAGGCUCUUGUUCUGUUUUCUAAGCAGCAGGAGAUAGGGACCAUUUUGAUGUCAGACUUUCGGUAGCUGGACAUGUUCUUGAUACAGGAGGCUGUUCAUAACUUUUGAGCCAGAGUGAAGUUACUAGAGGGAGGACUUCUGGCUGCUGCUCUACAUGGAAACAAAGGAAGCUGCCCUCUCCCUAGGGAUGGUGCUCAUUAGAGCCUUGUGGAUCAGUCUCAAGGGGCCCCUGGCAGAAGCAAGGGAGAGCAGUGACUUCACUUGAGUCCCUGCCAGUGGCUGAGUAAACAGUGGUUUCAAAAACUCAAGGUCCCCAGAUGGCAGCAUUUUAUGUUCUGACCUGUUUGUGUUAUAUAGUGUUUUUUUCCUCUUUGGAACUUUUGUGUUGUUAAUAAGAUGAGAUAAUUACUUUUUAAUUAAAAUGAAAAAGUGAAAGCUGUGUUGUCUUUUUUGGGUGUCACUAUCCACAGGGCCUCCUUGUGAGCAUUCCUUCCCCGAGUUUGAAGGCGAGGUUCCCUGACAGAGCACUGACUAGUUUCGCUCUGCCCUGAGUCUGCAGUCAGUCCUCAAAACCUCUUUUAACCCUAGCUUCUCUUCUUACGCAGCUCACCUAGUACAGCUCAGAGCAAAAGCCUGCUGGUUAAUUAUAAUGCUAUGUAAACAUCCGUGUUUGUGGCAGACUUGCACUGUGUCAGAGGCUUGUCCUCUUAUUCUAGGAAAGGAAAACAGGACUUGUGAAGAGGCCAUUUCUGGCCAAAGGCGAGUGGAGAGUGGGGUACUCUCCUGUUUUGAUUUUGUCUCACUUGCCGCCCUCUGUCCAGCCUGUUAUGCAAGGAGUUGGCAGAAGCAGAGUCACAGGUAGGAGCUCUGGAGAGCAUUUAAUAGAGAGCCCCAUCAGGAGGCUUGGAGUGGGUGUGGUGAAGCGGCUGGCACGAGGCCUCCAGUGGGUUAGGGACCCAGAUGCUGACAGUGCUGAGGCUGACCCGGAAGUGCUCACCGUCUCGUAGGAGAGGUGGUGGGUGCACUGCCCCUGCUGCCAGUGCCUUUGUCCCUCUAGGACAGGGCCCCAGAGCUGUCAGUACACGAGGCAACCCACCUGGAGUGGUGGUCAGUGUUUCUGGUUAAGAGUCUAGGGGCCUCCUGGAGGGCCACCUUUUACACCCCUCUUCCCACCUACUAAUUCUUCCCCCUGGAGUGUCCAAACAACACACCUCAGGCUGUGAAGGGUAUAAUAAAAUUAUUUUUAUUGCA